AUGAAAAUAGCUGCGCGAUUAUGUGUCGUUCUGUUAUUCUCAUUCUCCCUCAUCUCGUCAAAGCACACACUACCUGUGUUAGCUGAGGGUCCCCUGGCGAGCGGCUCGGACGAAUCAGAGCCGUUAGAAGCGCCGCCGGAGAUCCCGGAACUUGCAGAGAUUCCGGAAAUCCCGGACGAUGUCCCGGAAGGUUCCGAAGCUGAUUCUGGGAAUGAGGAAUCUGAGGCGGAGGCUGAAGAGGCAGCUGGAUCGCACGUUAACGAGCUGCUGCGAAUAGGGUUACCGACUAGCACGAGUACCAUUGCUACGGAUGCAGAGAAUGCGGGAGACACUGAAGCAGCUGGGAGUGCGAAGGACCAAAUCCCUGCGUUCCUAUUGGCUCUAGAGACUCGCAACCGCCAGCUGGCGCGUCACUGUGGCGCCACGCGUCUGUUCAGCGAGAAGCGCACCACAGCAGCAGCAGCAGCGGCAGCGGCAGCGGCAGCGUCUGCUGCUGCAUCUAACGGCAACAAGAGUGGUGGUGGUGGUGGUGGUGGUGGUGGCGGUGGCAACGAAAACCCCUCCCAUCCCCUUCCAUCCAACCCACCCCUUCCAUCCCCUCCCAUCCAACACACUCCUUCCAUCCCCUCUCAUCCAAUCCACCCCUCCCAUCCCCUCCCAUCCAACCCACCCCUCCCAUCACCUCCCAUCCAACCCACCUCUCUCAUCCGCUUCCCCCUCAUUCAUCCCUCUCGUACUCUCCUUUCCCCCACUCACCACUCCCUCUGGCAGUUGAGCGAGCGGCUGGUGUGUCUACAGCACCACCUGCUGCUGGCAGGGCUGCUCAACCGCACUCUGCUGGUGGGCCGCUUCCACUCCAAGGGCGUGCGGGGCGAGCACUCGUGGGAGCUGGCUGUAGACAUUGGGCAUCUGAGGAUGUGCUAUGGCGAGGACACUGUGCUGCUGGCGCACGAGUGGAGAGCGAGGGAGAGGGGGAAAGGGGGAGGAGGGGAGGGUGAGGAGGAGGGGAGGAGGAGGAUGCUGGUUGGUCAGGGCGAUGCUGGUUUGGCGGUGAGAGAAGGGGAAGUGGAAGGGGGGGAGGGGUUGACGGAGGAGGACGAGGAAGAGGAAGAGAGGCGAAGCGCAGGGGAUGUUGAUGGAGAAGGGAGGAGAGAGGGAGAAGCAGAGACGGUCCAAUGGAGGCGGCUUCUCAAGGGGAAGAAGAAGAAGAAGAAGAAGGAUAAGGAAACAAAAUCGAAGCUGUCAGAAGACGAGGAGAAUCCUUCGACUGAAGAGGGUUUCGACCCCGAAGAAACAGCACAUCCCAUUGUGAUUGACGCUCUUGUGCCCUGGUACAAGGACAAGUCGGUUCUCCCCAAGAGGUUCCGAGCCCGCCCCGACCUCACCUUUCCACGAACCGCCCUCUUUGCAAACCUCACUCGGCGGUCCCCUCUCCGGUCGUUCCUCUCGGUCUACACUGCGCCGGAGGUUCGCUCUGCACGGGUGCUGUUUGUGGGGGACUUGCUCUACGCGUUCUGGGAGGUCCCAGAUGCUCCGAAUCUGGUCAACUUUCCAGGGGAUGCGCCGUUCGUUCGCUCGCCGGGCUGCCCGAACCCGUACACGCUCCUGCCCAACCGGAAGGUGCUGCGGCUGGCAAAGGAGAUCCAGAAAACUUUCUUCUCGGGCAGUGACGGGGCGAAAGUCCCGUUUAUAGCGGUGAAUUAUGAGAAGAGGGCUGGGUUGGAGGGUCUGCUUUGGUGCGACUUGGGUGGGGAUGCAGAUGCAGCAGCAGCAAGAGCAGCUGCAGCAGAUAAGGAGUCGAAGUCCAACAUUGGGUUUGUGAAGAAAGGCAAGAGAAGAGGGUUGAGAAGCAUUGAGGAUAGUACGAAAACCAAUACCAGCAGCAGCAGCGGAAGCAGCAGCAGUAGUAGUGGUGAUGGUGGUGGUGACGGCGAUGGGGGUUACAUUAAAGGCGUUGGUAACCGUGCCUGCCAGCUAUCGGUUGCUGAGGUGGCGGGUUGCUUGUGGCGCAAGCUGUCGGCCUCGGGCAUUCGAAGGCUCUUUCUUGUCACCGAUGCAUCGGAUCAAGAGGUGGGUCACUUGGUGCGUGAUGGUGUGUGA